AUGGAAAGCAAUGGUGAAGCAGAAAACAGUUGUGAGAAAGUUUGUUCUCCAUCAUCAGAAAAGCCAUCACCAAUGAAGAAGAACAACAAGAAGAACAAGAAGAAGAAGCUUUGUUGCAGAUAUUGUAACAAGAAGUUCUGCAGUUACCAAGCCUUGGGUGGACAUCAGAAUGCACACAAGGCAGAAAGAGCAGUAGCACAGAGAGAGAAGAUUCUGAACAUGGCUUCUGCAUCUGACAGAAGUUCAUAUGUUGCUGGCUUUGUUGAUUCAAACAACUGUUAUGGAUUGAGAGAAAAAUCAUGUGGGGUGUCAGCAAUUUCCAUGACUCAUUUCAAGCCAUAUUUUGGACUCAAACAUGAUUAUCAAUGGUUAGGGCAGUAUACUUCGGAUUAUGUUCAAGACACCAUUCUAAAGUUGCAGACUUUGAAUGCUGAAGGAAGUGGAUUUCAUCAACAUCACACAUCAUAUCAACCUUUAAAUUUUUCUAUACUUGGAGGUGAAAAACCAAAUUCAGGGUCAUUGUUUAAUACUGAUAAGGAAAAAGAUUCUGCAGUGAUAUCUCAUAAUGAAAUCACAAUGAUGCAUGAUUUGAAUGUCAAGAAUUCAAAUUCUGAUGAAGAAAAUGGUUUUUCUGCAAUGGCUACUGAUAAUGGAGUGGUGGAGGAACUUGAUUUGACUCUCAAGAUUGCCAAUGGAGUGAUGGAGGAGCUUGAUUUGACUCUCAAGAUUUGA